AUGGCCGACGACGACAACUUUGACAUUGACAUCUACGGUGAUGAUGAGCAAGACCUCAAACCCGAGCCUCAGCCUGAGGAAGACCAGAAGCAACAAGAAAUCGACUACGACCCGGGUCUCGAUGGUACCAAUUACGGCCAACAACCCAAUGAGCCCGAGACGGAACCUCCAAUAGACAAUGACCUCAAGUUGGAGGGCGAUCCCGACGAGAUGAAAGCCCAGUAUGAGAAAAGUCACGGUGGUGCCGAUUCAAGCGGCCUACAAGAGCAGCAACAGAUUCUCAGCACUACUGGUUCAUCGACCGACCAAUACAACGCCCCAAAACAAGCACCCACAGAACAGGGUACCAAGCGCAAAGAGGGAGAAGACAAUCGUGAAGUGGAUCCGGGAGCUACCUCAGCUUUGAGGUUAGGAGAGCUUCAGUGGUGGAUCAGCGAAGACGACAUCAGAGGCUGGGCCAACCAAUGCGGUUGCGAAGACGAACUCAAAGAGGUCACCUUCAAUGAGCAUAAGGUGAACGGAAAAAGCAAAGGGUGGGUUACUUCUCGUGCCUUGACGCAAAGGUCCAGAGCUGACAAGGUCAUCUAG